AUGAAUGAAUCCCCUGAAUCUGCUAUGUUUCGUCCGCCCAUCAACCGUGCUAUGCGAGCUCUUGAUCGUUCUUUCUUCAAGAAAAGCGUUCCACUAUCUGCAGCAAGAAUACGUGAUAAUAAGCAAAUUUCAAAGUACCGCAUAGAACUGGGCCAUGAUCUGUUGAGGCUUGACCGUAUGCCAGCGGUCAGGUCUGUAAGAGAUUCUGAUGGGCAGGAGGCUAAGGCGCUACUUUUGAGGCCUGAGGUCAAGCCAGAUGAUGCCUCUACAUGGAGUCCAAAGCUCUCCGACUUGGUCAAGGCUUCCCAAGUCAGCCUCUCACCAUAUAAUCUUGAAUUAGACUACGACUACUGGAACUACCAUGACAUAAUGAGUGCCAUACUCCCAGAAGCCGAGCAAGACGAAUUCCCCACGGGAUUCAGCAUCGUUGGCCACGUUGCCCACCUCAACCUCCGCGACCAGUAUCUGCCUUAUAAACACCUAAUCGCCACCGUCCUUCUCGACAAAAACCCCACCAUCCGCACCGUAAUCAACAAAACGGACGAAGUCGGCGAACAAAACGAAUACCGCACCUUCAGUUACGAGCUCCUCGCCGGCGACCCGGACAUGAAUGUCGAAAUCCACGAGGAAAACUGCAGGUUCCGUUUCGACUACUCCAAGGUGUACUGGAACAGCCGUCUCAACACCGAGCACAGGCGCCUGGUCGAAAAGUUCCAGCCCGGCGAAGCCGUCUGCGAUGUCAUGGCCGGCGUUGGGCCGUUCGCUGUGCCGGCUGGGAAGAAGAAUGUGUUUGUGUGGGCCAACGAUCUGAAUCCGGAUAGCUUUGCGAGUUUGGACGAUGCGGUACGAAGGAACAAGGUCCACCGAUUUGUCAAAGUCUUCAAUGAAGACGGCCGAACCUUCAUUCGCUCCUCGGCGGAGAGAUUGCUGAAGACGGACACCCAUGUUAAAGUAUAUAAAGGGGUAUCCCGACUCAAGCAACCGGCCUCAACUGUCAAGCCAAUAGCAACCCUGACUUCGCCGAAGACUUUCAACCACUACAUCCUAAACCUUCCGGCAAGCGCUAUCACAUUUCUCCCUUCCUUUAUCGGCCUGUACGUAGGCCGUGAGGAGUUUUUUACGCCAAAUACAGAUGCCAAAUUGCCGUUCAUACAUGUACACUGCUUUAGUACAAAGAGCGACGACAACAAGGAAGAAGAGAUGAAAAUCUGCAAGGAGGUCAGUGAGCAGAUAGGGUACGAGAUGAAGCCAGGUAAUAUUGAAACUGAAGGAGAGGUGCAGGUUUGGGAUGUCAGGGAUGUAGCGCCCAUGAAGAGGAUGUUUUGUGCGAGUUUUAGGCUGCCGGGCGAGGUCGCUUUUAGGGUGGCAGAGAAUGAGAGUGGGAUUUAA